AUGAUCCUGAACAGACCCCCGCCCAUCGCCCCGCCUGCCCCCGGCAACGCCUCCCUCUACACCCUCGACACCUAUCCAGACGACGACGACGACAGAAACCCUCUUCUUUCCCCCGCAACUCCCUCCUAUGGCGCUACUUUUCCCCGUUCUCCAGCGCCUCCCUCCUCCGCAAAGAUCAUCUUUAAUGCCACCCUCAAGAUGGGCCUCAUCUUUGCUCUCAGCUCUCUCGUCCUCGGCGGCACCCUUUGGCUUGCUCUACCCACCCUCGAAGAGGCCGACCGCCCUCUGCUGCGCAUACCAAAGUCCUUUGUCCAGCUCCAGCAGCUGAAUGGUCUCCUCAAAAAGUACAGAGACAUCUUUCCAUACCGCAUAUUCAUCUGCUAUGUCGUUACAUAUCUCUUUCUACAGGCCUUUUCGCUUCCAGGUUCCAUGUACAUGUCCAUCCUAGGAGGUGCUGUAUGGGGUGUCCCCCGUGCAUUGCCACUCGCGUGUUGUUGUGUUGCAACAGGAGCUACGCUCUGUUACCUCAUCUCCGCUGCCCUAGGCCCCGCUCUCCUUACUUUGCCUAAAUGGAAAGCUGUCCUAGACAAGUGGGCACACAAGAUUCGCGAAAACAAGGAAAACAUGAUUUCAUUUUUGAUCGUCCUUCGUAUAGCCCCUCUGCCCCCGCAUUGGGUCGUCAAUGUAGUCUGUCCACACGUCGGUAUAGGCCUGUUGCCCUUUUGGUUUUCUACUGCGCUAGGAAUCCUCGGUGUCUCUGUCAUACACACAACCAUCGGCAGUGGACUCGACGAGAUGACGAGCGCAGAUGACUUUCAUCUUAUCAGCCUGCGCAAUUUCCUAGGUCUCGCAGCCGUCGUCGUCGGAGUGAUGAUUCCCGUCGGCCUGCGUUACUGGUUCCGCCGCGAGGUAGAGAGCGUAGUCGAAGAGGAGCAGGAUGAACAAGAAGAAUCUGAGGCGGAAACAUCUCACCUGAUCCCAGAGGCCAUAGCGUCCGUAAAUAAGCAUAGUAGCGACUCGUCUGAUUCAGACUCGGACUCUGAUCUGAUUCUCGAGGCUGGCCCGAAUAUCAUAGUCGUAAAAGAUAAUAAUGCGAGCAGUAGUAGCAGUAGAUUGUAA